CACCUUGAUAUAAGGGAGGCACAAGCACAGGAAAUGUAGGUUGGAUGGAAUAAAUUAUAUAGUAAAACCUGCAAAAGGGGAACGUAAACUAUGCCCAAUAAAAAAACACAUAACCCUCCCCAAAGAAAAAAAAGUUUGACAAUCCUCCCCUAUUUUGGAACCCCCCCACCAAUAUGUCGAACUGUCCCUUAUAGACAAGCCACCUCAUUCAUGACAAGCUUUCGUGCCUGAGGAGCAGCGUGCCUGAGGAGCAGCGGGUGAGAGUGGAGGAGAGGGGAAAAAAUCAGAGUGCUCUGCUAGAAAAAUGCGGGGCUCGUCCUAAAACCUGACGUCAGCAGCACGCGCUUUAAUAACGUCUCCAGUCCCAGUCCGAGACAGUGGUCCUCGCGGAGGAGAUGACAACUAGAAGAAUGCCUGAGACUUGUGGAGUGCAAAAUAUUUUGUUUUUAGAAAUGGAAUAAUUCUGGGUUCAAUGAAUUUAAAAUUCCUAACCAGUGAUGAGCUGGCUCCUGAUGUGGAUUCUUAUAGCAGCUGGGAUUCAAAAGGCCUACUCCCAGACCCAGAAUUCCACUGCAAUGCUGCCCCUAGCAGAACCCACAGACCUAGAGCCGUACAACCGGACCCAGUACUGCCACUGGCCCUGUGAGUGCCCCCCGGUCCUCCCCUCCUGCCCCCCAGGGGUGAGCCUGCUCAUGGACGGCUGUGACUGCUGCAAGGCCUGCGCCAGGCAGGCGGGGGAGGGGUGCAACGAGGCAGACGCCUGUGACUACCAUAAGGGACUGUACUGUGACUACAGCUCGGACAAGCCUAGGUACGAAAAAGGAGUGUGUGCCUAUAUGGUUGGUACGGGCUGUGAGCAUGACGGUGUGAUCUACCGGAAUGGGCAGAGCUUCAAGCCCAGCUGUAAAUACCAGUGCCUGUGUGUGAACGGGGCCAUCGGGUGCGUGACCCUGUGUACAGACUCCCAGCCUCCCCGGGUGUGGUGCCAGAACCCGAGGAGGGUUAAGAUCCCCGGACGCUGCUGUGAACAGUGGAUCUGUGACGAGCCCAAGAAGGGGAGGAAGACUGCUCCAAGACAUGCAGUGGAGGCUCUUCCUGCUGAGGCUCAGGGCCAGAGCAGGAACUGUGUGAUCCAGACCACUUCAUGGAGUAUCUGUUCUAAGACAUGUGGUCGAGGUGUGUCACUGCGCGUAUCCAACGCCAACGAGAGGUGUGAGAUGGUGAAAGAGUCCCGCCUCUGCAACAUACGGCCCUGUGAAGUGGACAUCACCAAGCACAUCAAGCCAGGGAAGAAGUGUCUGAACAUCUACAGAGAAGAGCAGCCAAAAAACUUCACCAUCUCAGGCUGUGUCAGUAAGCAGCCUUACCGGCCUAAAUACUGUGGUGUCUGCAUGGCCACGGACCAUCGCUGCUGCAUUCCCUACAAGUCCAAGACCAUCUACGUGGAGUUUGUGUGUCCCAACGGGGCCGUGUUCACCUGGCAGGUCAUGUGGAUCAACGCCUGCUUCUGUAACCUCAGUUGCAGGAACCCCAACAACAUAUUCGCCGAGCUGGAGAAUUACUAUGGCUACCCUGAGGUCGUGAACUGAGACAUUUCAAUAAUAAGCCUUAAGCUUAUUAAGGGCUCUAUUCAAUCUGUAUCGCUGAAGCGUUACAGAUUCCGCGAUAGAAAUGUAAAGGUAAUUUCUGAUUG